GCCUUAGAAUGUCACGUACCCCCAACCCCCUCCUCCCUUCCCCAACACACGUCGCAACAAUCACCCUGAUGGGAAAUGCACAAAUAUUUAUAUAUUUACAACUUAAUGUACGUUUUUUUUAAUGAACCGAUAGGCAUAAUAACGAACAAAAACGAUGUAUCUACAAAAGCCUUUAAACACAAGCAACUCCGGGUUUGUGAUAUUGCACCCGCGAAGAAAAGCGGAUGUAGCACACCGCACAUGCGCAAGUUAGGGAACAGAUGAGUUUCGCGACUUAUCUGGCGGGAAGAUCUUUAUGUACGAGCGCUUCUGUAAAACACCUGAUUCCCAAAAAAGAGGGCCCGCUUUCUUCUUACAAAAAGGUGCUUAUAGAACCGCAUGACCGUACUUUAUACUCAACAUGGGAGAGGCUGGAGUUCGUCAAUUAUUUAAAGCUUCACAGAAUUUCCUCCUUUGAAUGUAAAAACCGGUCGUUUAAAUGAGACAAGUUGUCAGGUUUAUACCUUAGGAGAGACACGGCUCGAAACCCGUUAAGCGCGCUAAUCGGAAGCUAAAUGUAAACUGGUGAACGCGGUUUUGGAAGCAAUGACUAAUUAGGGCGGCAAGAUAUGAAAGCACGAAGUGUGAGGGUCGAUGCGGGUGCGUUCGUCCUUUAAUGAAAUGUUUUUCCCAAAAUAAAACCGUCUCGUGUAUGAACGGACGUCAUUAUUCCGGUCUCGUGGUAAACAUGUCAUUACGCGUAAUCAGGCGGGAGAUAUAUUAACGAGCUUGUGUGCGUUGGAAAGACAAAAGAAAACGUGACUUAGAAUUAAGCACUUCAUUGCAAAAUAGAAUUGAGAGGGUAAACGGCUGUGAAUCCUUAUAGAUGCGUUAAUGGUUGAAAGCACUUAUUUUAAACGACCAAGGAGUUAAAAGUUAGUUUCCAUUUGUUGAUAACGGUUUGACUUCGAGUGGGCGAAAACGCAACUAUUGUGGAAAGGAGUUAUAUUACUUCUCAGGAAAAAGGAGGUCUUUUGAAGAGCGUCGCGAAGGGGGAUUACAGCUUUGCGUGAUACGAUCGCCCGCCGAUCUCCGAUGACGUUUGCUGUCUGAGGAAGCACCUGCCAACCACUGCCUGUCCCUCCGUCACAACGAGCUAUAAAUUGGUGCGCCAGCCUCGAGUGUCAAACCGCAUUAUCUAAACACCAAGAACAGCGCCCGAACGCAGACCUCAAGACGAAUAAUACGCGGUCAAGAGGCUCUGGUUAUUGCUCAGGAGAGCAUACGAAGUGAUCGUCUACUUAAAUGACGAUAGGCGAAGGGAAAGUUUAGUCGGGGUAUCAUCGCGAUCUGCCCAUUGAUUCAUGCGUCUACCGUUUAGCGCUCAAGUGCUCUCUAGAAUAAAUCAAUCAGACGACUUUGCUGGCAAUUAAGGCCGAGGAGAGAAACGCGAGGACUUUAUAAGCAGUAAGGAUUCUCAACCUUCAGCAGACUUGGCCAAUAUAUUCGAACAAGAACGGUAUUUCAGAGGCGUAACUGAACUCGAAAAGUUCUUUCAUAGACAUUCUAAUCUACAAAAGAAAAGCGAAUAAUAUCCUAUCAUAAAGAUGCUGUCGAACAUGACUGAGAAUUUUACGAAUUCCACAUCUGAGUCCAUCACGAACACAAGCGGUUCAGGCGUCAUUUCAGCGAUCAUAGUGGUCCUCUCAAUCAUCAUAAUCGUAGGAGUGAUUGGGAACUCCAUGGUCAUUGCCGUCGUUGGGUGUAUACCAAGUAUGAAAACCACGACAAACUUCUUAAUUGUGAACGUCGCGGUCUCUGACAUUAUAACGCUUUUGCUGACCGCGUUGCAUGUCGGUCUCUCAAGAAUUGGCGGAAGGGUUGGUGCUAAUGUGUUCUUCUGUAAAGUCGUUGACCCAAACACUCUGUCGAACACGGCGUUAAUCGCAACUGGACUAACUCUUACUGUCCUUUCAGUUGAACGAUACAACGCGCUCGUUAAACCAAUGGCGAUAUCUCGACGACUCACUAAGAACAAUGUAGGCUACGUCAUAGUAGCAAUAUGGGUGGUUUCCAUGGUGAUGGCUCUACCGAUACUUGUGUAUCUGUACAUAGACCCUUCAACGGGGAUGUGCACUCCAGGGGAUAAAAAAGAAAACCUAUACAUAUCGCUAACAUUUAUUGUAAUCUUCAUGACAAUUGUACCCUUCUUGGUGAUCGCCUUUUCCUAUUUUCAAAUCAUCUCCGGUCUUUACUUCAAGAAUACUAUUUGCAAUGCGACCGCGCCUGGACAGCAAAGUGAAGACCUGGUCGCAAAGCGGAAGUUAGUCAAGUUGUUAUUGACAGUGACUGUAAUAUUCUUCAUCGCGUUCGUGCCCUACGGUGUGGCGCUCAUUUUAAAGUUCAGUUUAAACGCUAAGCAUAAUGCUCAACAGCUGAAAAACUUGCGAGAGCUGUCUAAAGUCAGCGCGUAUUUAAUGCCUUUACACUCUUCUAUAAACCCUUUUUUGUACGCAUUUCAGAGCCAAAAUUAUAGACACGGAUUUAAAGUUGUCAUAAGAAAAAUAUUUUACUGCAGAAAUGCUCCGGAGAACAACGAUAUUCAGCCAUCUGCUGCUGUUUGAUGUAAUUGUAUGACCUAUCGACGCAAGUUGUACCAUUCAGGGGGGGGGGUAGGGGUAGUGUAUAAUAUGAUAGGUAUCUGAUUGAUAUGGUAAUUUACCAGCUUCUCUACAAACACUUGAUGUAUAUGCUCAAAUAUUUAUACCUCUCAAAUAUUUAUACCACACUGUUCGAAGAUGAGACGAGUUGUGCUUUAUUAAUUGUAAUUCAGGUUUUGCAGUACCUUGAUAUUCAGACUAUGUAAUCAGCCUCCACUACUUCCCAUGGGGGAGGGGGCAGGUGGAUGAACUUUCUCUGGAAGAAAUCUGAAAAUAAGGUUGUUUCCCACCUACCUGUUAGCUCGAAUAAGCGCCGCGGGUGCUUAUAUGACUUUUCAUUCCCUAGGCGAGGCGCUUAUUUGGGGGGGGGGAGGGGCUAAUUUGAAGGAGGCGCUUAUUCGGGCGGGGUGCAUAUUCGAGCAGUUACGAUAUUCAUUAACCACCAUAAAAAAAGAUACUUAUAGAGGAAAAAAAAUAAAAAAACCUAGUGACCC